AUGAAGCUCACAGACGCCACGUCGCCGCGUGCUUGGCAGGUCAAGCGAGUUAUGCUCCUGCUGCAGCGCGGACAGCUAGGUCAGGCACAGACGCUCGCGAUGGACAUAUAUCGCGCGGAUCCAUCCGACACAGGUGCAAUUAUGCUGGGCGCGCGCAUCCUGCUUGCGAACAAUGACGUGCAGAAAGCAUUGCAACAGUCGCAGAUGGCACUUCGUCUGGACCCUGACAUGCAGCAAGCGAAGCAGUUUUUGCGCAAGUGCAAGGCGCUUUCCUCGCUCAAAGACGAGGCGAAUGCAGCAUUCAAGACGAAUCGCACGGACCAGGCACUUGCCAAGUACGCAGAGCUCUUGCAAGUGGCCGACCAGAAUGUCGAAGUCGAUGGCGAGGCAAAAAAGUUCAAGUCCGUCAUUCACUCGAACCGAGCUAUUCUUCUAAGCAAGAUCGGCCGGUACAAUGAAGCCAUCAGCGACUGCACACGCGCGCUGCAGCUCGACGCCUCGUUCACAAAGCCCUUGAAAACACGUGCGCGCGCAUACCAACUCAAUGAACAGUACGAAGAGGCGGUGCGCGACUUUAAGCGGGCUGUCGAUGCGAGUGCCGGCACAGCCGAACAGGACACGCUGCGUCGCGAGGCACGCCGUGCGGAGGUGGAUCUAAAACGGAGCAAGAAACUAGACUAUUACAAAUUGCUGGGUGUGCCAAAGACCGCUACGGAAGCAGAGAUCAAAAAGGCCUUCCGUAAGGAGUCGCUCAAACACCACCCCGACAAAGGCGGUGACGAAGAAAAGUUUAAACAGUGCAAUGAAGCAUACGGUGUCUUGUCGGACGAGCAAAAGCGCCGGCGCUACGACUCCGGUGUGGAUGAUAUGGACGACAUGGACCUGGGUGGCGGCUUCGGCGGCAUGAGCUCUGGCUUCGGCGGCAUGGGUGGUAUGGGUGGCGUGAAUCUUGCAGACCUCUUUGGCGCUCAGUUCGCCAACUUUGACAUGGGUCCCGGGACAACGCACUUUUAUGGCCCACAAACGAGCUUCCGCUUCGGUUAG